AUUAGUUCACCAGCCUGCUCCACCAUUACCAUCCUUCAAUGAAAACAGCAAUCAUAAGGUGUACUAGAGAUCAAAAUGCAUCGAUUGAGAUAUUACGAGAUCGACAUUAUGUGCCAAAAUGCCAGGUUGACAAGAAGUUCUCAUCACGCAGAAUUGAAAAAGAUGUUACCGAAACAAGAAAUUUCUUAUGCUGUAAGCACGGACUGCACCGAAAGGAGAACUGCGUCGGGGGUUGGUGCGACCUCCAGCCAAGAAAUUCUUCGAUGAUUUAGUAUAUAAGUAGGGUAAGGUCCGAGCAGAAAAGCGGACAUUCCACAUAUACUAGCUCUAUACUAUACUACACCAUCACGUUUUAACUUAAUAUGAGAAAACCUGAACGACAAAACCUUUGCGCCGUCGACCGCGUUUCCUUAUCAUCAUUUGUAAACGGACAAAUCAACGAUCUGGGCAACGGUCAUGUCCUUGUUUACUCGGACCAACAACAAACCACCCUUCGAUUUAUCGAUUAUUAUGGCGAAGAACGUGCCUCGAUUGUGUUAAUUCCGCGAUCCAAAGCUUGGCUACAGCCCGACCAUCUUCUUAUCUUUGAUCGUCCCGAAGGCGGUCGUUGGCGCAUGGAUUGCUCUGCUUCGGAUCUGAAUGCGUUCCAGCAGCUACAGGACCUGCUUACUUAUUUUAUCAAGUAUGAAAAUCGACACCAAUUGCGCAAUGUACUGGCCAUGAUGAACCCAGUAUCUUGCCAAGUAACCGAAGUGAUUGCACGAAAUGUGCAACUCGAAGAUGAAGAUACGCAAUCAGAAAAGCAGCCUGUGAUGAUGGAAACUCCGAUGGUCGCUGGCGGUAGCUUCAAGGUUCGCCUCCUUUAUCGAACAAGCGAUGCAUUGGUCACUGGAUCCGAUUGGCUUGCGCAGUCGUUUGUUCUGGCCGGCCAAUCUUUGGCUCGGGGCAUUCAAAUUCAAACCAAAAAAAUGAGUGACACAGUAGAACCAACCGAAAACACCAUUCGACUGAGCGAAGUAGAUCGUCAAUACGUAGAAACGUUUUACAGCGUCAACCGCACUCUUUUAAAAGGUACGAACGAGUUUGUAUCUUUGUUUAUAUCCCCCCUUACAUAUGCAAUGCAUGCUAAUUGGAAGGCUCUCACAUAGGCGCUGGCAGCUUGAUCACCAAAGCAACCACGGCUGCAGCAUCUGGCAUCAAUUCUCUAUACAGCUACAAUCAACUGCAAC